GAACUGACGGUGACUUUCCAGCCACCACUGUUCCUACAAAGACGAGGAUGGGUGUUCGAUGUGCUCCGCAGGGAAGGGGUCAGCGAGGUUCUCGACGUAGGAUGCGGUGAAGGAUCGCUCAUCUCGUGUCUAUGCAAUCCCGCACCAUGGCUCCCGCCACCACCGCGAUCGAUCCUCGACACUGUUACAGCCGAUGCUGCGCCAUUCGCUGCACGUCUGGACCAUCCUACAGAAGACUUCCUACACCCCUUGAAAGUCAUUGGCCUCGACAUCUCUACGACUGACUUGGAGUACGCGACGCAGGCCACAGAGCCGAGCGAUUGGCGCUUGCGCUGGGAGCCUCUAGAGGUGCAAAUCUGGGAAGGUGGUCUGGAGGUGGUCAACCCGGCAUUUGUCGGUGUGGAAUGCAUCGUCGCGACCGAGGUCAUUGAACACCUCCCAGAAGACGUACUUGAUCACUUCGCACCCGUCCUCCUCGGGGCAUACCAACCCCACCUCCUGCUCAUCACCACACCUUCCUUCACCUUCAACGCGCGCUUCACCGCGCCCGACGCUCCGCGUACCGCCCGCUCCGGCUACCCAGACCCCACCCAGCGGACCGAUCGCGUAUUCCGACACCACGACCACAAGUUCGAGUGGACGCCCGAGGAAUUUGCUGAAUGGUGCGCGGUCGUGGCGGAGACAUGGGGAUACGAUGUCGAGGUGGGCGGCGUCGGCAGGGCUGCGGAGAAGGACGAAUGGGGACGGGAUGAGGCGCUUGGGUAUGCGAGCCAAGUCGCCGCUUUCACGCGACGAGAUGGCGAAGGGUGGGAUGAGAAGAGGAGGAUGCGCUUCCAGCAAAUGUGGGAGGUCCAAGGCUGUGGAGAAGGUCAGCACAGACUCCUGGCCACUCACCAGCAUCUCGCGCAUGAGAAGGCUUGCCAGCCGUUGCCGCUGCACGAGAGAGGCGAGAUCAUCAAGCGCACGAUGAUAGACUCCCGCAGCAACCUAAUCCAGCUCGGAGACCUGUGGUGGGAGGAGAGCGUCGCGGUGGCUUGCGGGGGAUGGAUGGAACUCAUGGUCGAUGCCAUCGCGCAACACGCUGAC